UGGCAGGCCCGAGGUUCUUUGACACCAACUGACCCUGUGUCCAAGGUGCUCAAUGAUGAUGACCUCCUAAUCGGGAUCCUCCUCCGCCUCACUCCGAAGCCAUCCUCCCUCCGCAACGCCUCCCUUAUCUACAAGCGAUGGCACCGCAUCCUCUUCGACCCUCAAUUCCUCGGGCGCUUCCGCAAGCACCAUUGGAAGCUCCUCGGCUUCUUCUACCAACAAUUUGAUGAAGCCCCCAACUUCACUCCAAUUUCGGACCAGUUGGACCUCAUUGCAGCAGCGUUGCCGGAGAACCUGUUUGAUCCUUAUUCUCUAGGCGGCGUCUUCCUUGGCUGCCGUGAUGGCAUCGCCCUCGUCCUCGACUGCGCGCGCCAUGAGGCCAUCAUUUGGGAACCCACCACCGGGAGCAUAAACCACGUGGCUUUUCCACCAGCGGUCAGUGAUGGCUUCGAAACCUCUGUUGUGAGCGCAGCGAUGAUGUGCUCUGCCCGUGACGUUCAUCAGCACUUGCACAACGAGAACUGCUUGAGCACAUUCAAACUGGUACUGGUGUGCCAGGAAUAUUUCGCUAACCAAAAAAAGGUAUCUGUUUGCCUCUACGACUCCAAGUCUAAUACAUGGGGCGAUAUUAUAUCCGUAACGGAUACAUGCAAGAUUGCUAAUGUGGCAAGGCCCAGCGUCAUUGUUGGGAAUGCACUUUACUGGUUGCUCUCUGGAGCAAACAUCCUUGAGUUUGAUUUUGAAAGGCAGACCCUUGUUGUGAUUGAGAAGCCGACAACAUAUGCCCAUGUUACUGGUUCUAGCGUCGACAUGUGCUUCCAGAUCUUACGAGGAGAGGAUAAUUGCCUUGGCCUUGCGGUUCUUUCAAAGUUAAAACUGAGCAUUCAAUUAUGGGGGAGGAAGUCAAACGGUGAUGGUAUUGUCUCAUGGGUGCUGCAGAAAUGUGUUCAACUGGAUGAGCUCUUUUCAAGACCCGCGCGCAGGAAAAAUGUCAUCCUGUUGGCGGGGUAUGAUGAGGACACAAAUGCGAUAUUUUUGUCUUCGGAUUCUCAUGAUUUCAUCCUGCAGCUCGAGUCGGUGCAGUUCAGAUAUAUUGGAAGGAGAGAACGCACACACUUCAGAAUGUAUUAUCCAUAUACAAAUUUCUACAUUGCAGAGAGGCCACCUCAGUCUUGGAUCAAAGAAGAGUGAGCUGCAUUUCUCUCGUGGCAACUGGGUCCGUCGACAUAAAAUCUGUCUUAGAGAAGCAAGUGUAGUGGUAUCCACAAGCUGUGUUUUCAGUCGGUUGUUUAUUGCGUACUGAAUUAGGAUGUUCUAUUUAACUGGAUCAGGUGCUCCUAUAUUUGCUAGGAAAUCCUAACUGUUUCCGAGAAUCUUUGUACCGUUAUGUUUGGAAAUUGCAUGCCAACACAGUUCAGUA